AUGUGCAGAGAGGCUCACUGCUCCACUUGUCACAAAAUCACCUGGUGGGGUUGCGGUCACCACAUCGCAGUCGUGCUUGACGACAUCCCCGAGGAGGAAUGGUGCGCCUGCGAACCCAAAGUCAACUUCGAGGGCAAGCAAUACCCGCCCAAGGCCAGCGAUGCGAAUUAA